AUGGAGGAAGAAAAACAGGGAAGCAUAUUCAGGAGAAUAUGUGUAUUCUGCGGAAGCAGCUCGGGCCGUAGAAAAGUGUUUAGCGAGGCUGCUAUCGAGCUCGGCGAUGAAUUUGUGAAGAGGAAGAUAGAGCUGGUGUACGGAGGGGGAAGCGUAGGGUUGAUGGGGCUCAUAUCCAAGAGGGUCCACGAAGGUGGAUGCAAUGUCAUCGGGGUGAUUCCGAGAGCCCUAACGCCAAACGAGAUAUGUGGCGAGACCGUCGGAGAAGAAAGAGUGGUGGAAGGCAUGCACGAGCGUAAAGCAUCCAUGCAACGUGAAGCGGAAGCGUUCAUAGCUCUACCGGGAGGAUACGGAACGAUGGAGGAGUUGCUGGAGAUGAUAACGUGGGUUCAGCUCGGCAUCCAUAACAAAACCGUCGGCGUCUUGAACGUCGAUGGGUAUUACGACAAGUUGCUCGCACUCUUCGACAACUUUCUCGAAGAAGGUUUCAUCAAACCUUGUGCUCGUGGCAUCGUUAUCACUGCCCCUACGGCCAAAGAACUUCUCCUGAAGAUGGAGCGAUAUGCUCAUGAUUCCAUAAGCACGUAGCCCAUAUUCAUACAUAUUUUCUCCUUCUUUAUUUUGUGAUUUAGAUCUUCAAGUGUAUGAUAUCGAUCGAGGAAAGAAUGCCAUUGCCUUAUCUAUCAUGUCUAGGGGUUUUCUUUGGUUUUCAUCAAUGUAACAU